AUGACAAACAAUGAGCUGAUUGAGUUGACCAAUGGUGGUGGUGACUCGACUCCUGCUGUUCCUACUACCAUGAUUUGGGUCUGCGGUCGAUGGACCCUGAUUUUUCAUACCGACAUGGACUCUCGUGAUCCUGAGGAAGUUCGGACCAACUUCCUUAAUGUGCUGCAUUUGCUCGACUUCAGCAUAUUCUACCCUAAUUCUCACAACUUUCCUCUUUUUUCACUGGAACAGGAUGGGACUUUCCAGCCAGUCAUUACGGUAUGUGCUAUUCCCCUCUCGAUGCAUUAUCCAUUGUCAAUGAUCAUUGCUAAUCCGUGCCUCUUCGCGUUAUUGAAGGACUUCCAAUACAUUGCGCCUAAUCACCUCUUGAUUCAAAUUCCAGGACGCGAGCAAUCCUGGUUCAUCGAAAUUCCAUCAUCUCCUCUGCGCCCUCUCACCUCCUCAUACCUCUCAAACUUCUCAAACCUUUCUAUACUCAACGCCUCGGUUCCUGAUUACAACAACAUCUCCUUGAGCUUGAGCAAUGUACUUGAUCCUCGACUCCUUGAGGACACUCAGGUUUUUGAGGGUACUCAGGAUCAGCUUGCCCUCCCUCAGCCUGAUGUCUCCAAUGCCUCCUCGGCUUAUUCUCAACCCUGGGAAGCGGCUCAAGAGUCUCAAGAUUCCAUGAUAGAACAUGACAAGCUUGGUCUAAAUUCUUUUUGGCCCGCCUUUAGUCUCAUGGCUCAGAAAUGCAUCGAAUACCCCCAGUGCCCACCCUCAUCACCAGUUCGAAACGGUUCUCCCGAGACCAUUCACUCUGCAUCACCUCCUAGCAAUGCCUCUAUCGAGCAGAGCGUAGGAAAGCUCAUACAGAGACGCACUCGUUCUUCCAUCGCCUCCCGUCGUGCUGGUCGCCUCAGGCCUGCCCGUGCGGCCAAGAAGCGCACCAUGGCCAGCCCGCCGCCCAGGGGCCACUUCAAGGUCUCCCGGGAAGAUCGUUCCAUGGUCCCCUAUGACAACGACCUUCGCGAUGAGUUGCUCGUCCGUGGCCGUCUAAUGGGCUUCUCCUACUCCGAGAUCAAGGAGAGCGCUGGCAUGCCUGAUGCCCUGGCGACCCUGCGUGGCCGGUAUCAACAACUCUUGCGGAAGAUGGUACAAGAGGAUCUCAAGAAGAAGAGAGAUGAUGAGAAGGAUUCCGAUGGCAAGAACAAGGAGUGA